GCGCUCUGCCUCGCCCACUGAAGGGCUGACUUGGCUGUGACUUAGCAUGGUGGGGCUAGAAGCUUCUCUCCCCGUUCCUCCUACCUCCCUUAUGGCCCAUGCACGCUCCUCCUCACCCGUUCCUAGUUUGUCUGUCUCUCCACCUGAAGCGGCUGCCCUUUGAGGAGCAUGAGAAGCCAGCCCCCAAGGAGUUCACCCCUAUUCCAGGGGCCAGAGUCACCCUAACCAAUAGGUCCCCGCUGUCCAUAGGUAGGAGUGGUGUUACCCAGGGUACCCUUGCGGGGAGGGGGCUGUGUGCACGCGAAUGGCCUCCAGGAUAAGAGGUGGCGCCGCUCGCGGGACACCUCGGCCUUGCGGGUGACCCCCCAGGUGAGCGCCGGGGUGCGGACGCCCCCCGCCUGCGCCUCUGCCCUCCCACCUGCGGUCAGACUGGUUCCUGGCUUACCUCCAACCACAUGUGCCUCCACAGCGGCCCCUGUUGGCCUCUCCCAAUACAGGGUCCCUGCCUGGGGCCUCAAACCCUGUCUUUGCGGUCAUUACCACCAUUGAGUAAGCUCCCACCCACCUUGUGCCCAGGCCUGACUAUUCUCUAUGGAGUAAAUAUAAAGACUCCUGGGACACCGAGGCUGCACAGUAACCACUCUUACCCAGGUCACAGGCACACUGAAUCUGCAGAGCUGAGUUUCUCCUUCCUCCCAGGCCUGUCCUUCCCUGGCUCCCCGGCUGGCUGUGGCCUUUUCCCACAACUCUCCCCUAUGCCCCUAGAGCCUUCACCCACCACCACCGACCACCAGCACUUACUCCUGAUGUUAGCAGAAUCCUGGGAUGUUCCCAGCCACUCCCUUUUUCCACUCUGUGAUCUAGGGCAAGAUAAUUCCCAUUCUGUGCCUUUUUUUCAUCUGUGAAAUGGGUGCUGUGAGCAUUAGCAGGUAGUAUUCCAGGCCUAGUGAGGGGAGCUAGGCCUUGUACCAGGACAAACCGAGCCCUGCUUACUCCAGCAAUACCCUGUGGUCUGCAUCAAGUGCCAAAUAGCUGCCACCACGCAUCCCCAGAAUGAGAGAUGUUAGUAUAAGGAUGUUGGAUUUGCACCUAGAGCUACCCUGCUCCAGCAACUGGAGGUUUAACUACAGCACUUUCCACUCUUACAACUCUCCUGGGAGGGGACCAGCUUUUGAUGCUGUUCUGAUUUUCCACGUGGGAAAAAGCUGUCCGCAGUAACAGUGUCCUGCCUUCGGCCCCACAACAUGGCAUUGUCUCUACUGCAGUGGGCAGGUGGAAACCCCUUGGAGGUGCCCAGAGGAUUUGGGAGGUGGGACCAUCACAAGAUUGGGGUAGAAGCUGGUCUCCCAAGUUGCAGUGGCCCUGGGAGGAGAGGAGAGACUUGCUUCAAGAAGCCUGGGAGUUGGGGGGCUAGGAGAGAGGUGGAUGUGGUCACAUGGCAGACACAGUGACCCCUCCAUAUGACAUUUCAGAAUGACCCAUCCCGCCCCCCAGUUCCUUCCCACAGAGAUUCAUCCUUCAUCUGCAAAGCAGGGAGGCUUGGCCUAUGGCAUGUACCUGCUGUGUGACCUUGGCCAAGUCCUUUCCCUCUGAACCUUGGCUCUCCCUGUGAAAUGGGCUAAACCCUGCAGCUCCGUGGGGCUGUUGGAGAGUCGGAUGACAUCAUAUAAUGGUUGGCCAACUGCAGAGCGCCUCAUAACUACAACAAACAUUCCACGAGGACUUCUUGGUGCCACUGGUGCCAGGGAGAGGGAUGAUUCAGAAUACCCCACCCCCCAGGGGGAGGAGUUAGGAUUGGGGGAGGAUCAGAUGUUGGAAAGGGAAGAGAAUGCAGUCGGAAAACAAAGCAAGCUUUGUUUUAUUGGCUUCUUUGUUUUUAUCUUGUUAUUUAACCUAUUUUGAAUUUCAAAUAAUAGUCAAAGGGCAAGUAUUGAGAUUUUUAUGUUUGGAGGUGGCAGCAAAGUUCUUGUUUAGGAUUAUUAUCAGCUUUUAUCGGCUGAGGUUCCAGGCCUGUGGAGGUCUCCACCUGAAAGUGAGGGGCUGUCCACAUUUGAGGCACAUCUUGUGCCUUCUCUGUUCUUGGACAGACCAUCUAUAGCUGCUUCCACCAGUCCAGGAGCCAGGCCGUAGGGAGAGACAAGCCAUGGACCGCUCACAGCCUCAGUAUUUGGGGGCAGCACUUUAGGAGAACAGAGGGGCAGCCUCUGUCCACCGCCUUACACUGGGAAGGAGGGGGCUGAGAAGUGGACCCUGAUCCCAGCCCACCACCCACCCUAGGCCCUAAGUGGGCAUGCACCAGCAGCUGUGAACAGCUAGAGCUGAUGCCCGGCCCCCAGGGGGCCAGAGGAGCCCCCGCCAUGAACCUGGGCAAGCUCUCGCCCGUGGGCUGGGUAUCCAGCUCACACGGGAAGAGGCGGCUGACUGCAGACAUGAUCAGCCCCCCACUUGGAGACUUCCGCCACACUAUGCACGUUGGCCGCGGUGGGGAUGUCUUCGGUGACACGUCCUUUCUCAGCAACCACCAUGGCAGCUCCGGGGGCACCCACCGCUCGCCCCGCAGCUUCCUGGCCAAGAAGCUACAGCAGGUGCGCAGAGUGGGGAUGCCGUCCCGGAGGAUAGCUUCCCCACAGGCUCCCUCGCCUGCUCCACCCGCCGUCUCCCCCAUCAUCAAGAAUGCCAUCUCCCUGCCCCAGCUCAACCAGGCCACCUACGACAGCCUCGUGGUGAGCAAGUUCAGCUUCGACAGCAGCCCUGCUGGAUCCACGGACGGCCACUCCAGCUAUGGCCUGGACUCCGGGUUCUGCACCAUCUCCCGCUUGCCUCGCCCAGAAAAGCCUCGUGACCGAGACCGUGACAGUUCCUUCCCCUCUGAGCCUGAGCUUCGCCGCUCUGACUCCCUCUUGUCCUUCCGCCUGGACCUCGACCUUGGGCCCUCUCUCCUCAGCGAGCUGCUGGGGGUCAUGAGCCUCUCAGAAGCCUCUGCAGCUGAGACCCCAGCCCCAGCCUCUGCUGCAACCCCGCCAGCCCCUGCCACAAACCCUCCGUCCUCUGCCACAAACCCUCCAUCCUCUGCCUCAAGCCCUCCACCCCGUGGACACUACCCCAAUGGGGUAACCACUGGCUUGAGCCCAAUGGCUGAGGCGAGGGUCAGCCCGGUGGGAGAGUGUCCCCGCCCACCUGCUGACAUGGCCUCUGGCAGGCACUGGGGAGCAGGCUGGGGCACCCGCCACUACACCGAGGUGGAUGCUCGGCGGGAGCUGAUGGAGGUGCUACCCCAGGCUCGGGCCUCUUGGGAGAGCCUGGACGAAGAGUGGGGGGCACCCCAGGCCGGCAGCAGGGCCCCCGUGCCCCGCAUGGUGCAAGCAAACACCUUUGAGUUUGCCGAUGCUGAGGAGGAUGACGAGGUCAAGGUGUGAGUGGCUGAGCAUGGGCUCAGGACCCGGCCCAGCCUCAGGCCACCGCCCACAAAGAGCCCAGAUGCAGAGCCAGCUCCUCAUCUGACGGCUGGGUCCUGCCAAUAACAGAUGGGAAAACCUGAGUUGCCCCCAAACCCUUCCAGUCCUCUGCAGGAUAGCCAUGGGAGGGAGGCUAGGCUUCUUCUGGGACCUGGAUGUUCCUGAGGGCCCUGCCAGGCUGACCUGCCUCCCCGCACUGCCACUCUGGACCCAACAGCCAUUUCUUCAGCCCUACCCCCACUGGCUGCAGGGACCAGCCUCACAGUGCUGCCUUUGUGCUGGGGAAGGUGACCUUCCUGGGUGGGGGGUAGGAAGCUUACCACACAGGGCCUUUGUUUCCUCCCAAAGGGACCGCCUGCCCCAGCUCAUCCUGGAGCUGCCCCCAGCAGGGUUCCGCUGCACCCCAGCCCUUGCUAAGGCUGCUUCCCCAACAUUCCCACCCCAACCCCCUCUUGUUCCAGAAGCCUCAGAGAAAAAUCAGGUGUGACCCUCCCAACUUCCUGUGCACCCCAGAUCUGCCUCUGGGUCCUGAUUAAAAAAGGCUUUUUUGAUAAAA